AUGGCGGCCAAGAAUUGUGAAAUAAAUAUCCCCAUAUUCGACGGUUCUGAGUAUCACAACUGGAAAAUAAGAAUGUUCAAGUUUCUGCAAUUCAAAAAUUGCAAAGAUGUGGUUGAAAGGGCAAAAAGAAGUACAGAUGAUGGUAAAUGGAUUGAGAGAGAUAUCCAAGCGACAAAUUACAUUUAUUGUGGAAUAACUAAUAAACAACUAGAAUAUAUCAGUGAAUUAGAAACUGCUUACGAAAUUAUUAAAAAGUUCGAUGAAAUGUACCUAAAGAAAUCGACAGCGUUACAAAUAGUAUGCAGACAUAACCUGGAAAGUAUCAAGUUGAAAAAUUUUACUGAAGUCACGUCAUUUUUCGACCAUUUUGAAAAAGCAGUAAAUGAGUUGAAGCAAGCAGGUGCGACCAUUACGGAACAAGAAAAGCUGAAUUACAUGUUGAAGGCUUUGCCUGGGAGCUAUAGCUAUUUAGGUGACCUAAUAGAUAUUUUACCGGAAAAUGAUAGAAAUGUAGACUACUUGAAAAGUAAAAUAAAGUUGAAGAUGAGCGAGAAUGAAAGUGCUGCACCAGUGCAUGACUCAUCAAAUGCCUUUCGAGCUGAAGCCAGACCUUAUCAAAGUAAAAUAAAUUGUUACGGAUGUGGUAAGCCCGGCCACAUUAAAAAAGAUUGUCGCUCUGCAAAUAUGACACGUGGUAGAGGACGUGGAUUUUCUGGUUACCGAGGACGUGGAUUUACUGGUUACCGAGGACAUGUAUCAAAUAAUAUUAGAAAUUUUAACAGAGGAAAAGUAAAUUACCACCAAAAUAAUAACGAGAGCCAAGGGAACAAUUUUCAUACUACCGUCGCAAAUAGUACCCACCUAACAAAAGAAAAUGACAAGCAAAUGAAAGGUCAAAUAGAAUGGUUACUCGAUAGUGGAUGUACAGAUCAUAUAAUUAAUACUGAGGAGUACUUCGAUGCCUGUGAGACUUUGGAAAAACCUGUAAAGGUAAAAAUUGGAGAUGGAACAAUACUAGAGGCAACAAAAGUUGGUAAUAUUGAAACUUAUUUUCGGGUAUAUGGAAAAAAAUGUGAAGUUACGUUAACAAAAGUUUUUUAUGUUAAAAGAAUGAAGGCGAAUUUAUUAAGCUACUCAAAAAUUACUGAUCAACAUUCAAUUGUGUCAAGAGGAAGAUUGUCAAAAAUUUACAAUAAAAAUGGAAAUGUUAUAGCUGUUGCAAUCAAAGAUGAAAGAUUAUACAAAAUGACAAGUUAUAUGAAGGUACAAGAUGAAAAGUUACAAGCAAAUGUCAAUAUGUGUAAUAUGACUAUUAAAGAAAAACUACACCGCACAUUGGGUCAUAUAAAUUUUAAUAAUCUCAAAAUAAUGUGUAGAAAUGAGUCAUUAGAUGGAUUACCUAAAAGGAUUGAAAAUGAAUAUUUAAAGUGCGCUACCUGUAUUCAAAACAAAAUGCAUAACUUACCAUUUCAGAAUAACCGUAGAAAAGCCGAGGAGAUAUUAGAGAUUGUACAUACGGAUGUAAAUGGGCCUCACCAGACUACAGGAUAUAAUGGAGAAAAAUACUUUUUGAGCUUUAUAGAUGACUACAGUAAGUUAACUAAAGUUUACUGUAUCAAGACAAAAGAUGAGGUAUGUGAUUACUUAAUACAAUAUGUUAAUGAGGUACAGAACUUAACAGGAAAAAUGAUUAAGGAACUGCGAUGUGACAAUGGAAAAGAGUACAUGAAUGCAAGAGUUUUUCGAUUUGCAAAAGAAAAAGGAAUAGUAAUAAAACCUUGUCCAGCAUAUGUCCAUGAACUAAAUGGAACUGCGGAGAGAUAUAAUAGAUCAUUAAUGGAUAUAGCUAGAUGUCUUUUAUAUGAAGCAAAAGUGGAUAGACGGUUUUGGCCCGAGGUGAUUAUGUCAGCGGCAUAUCUUAAGAACAGAACAUUAACAAAUAAUAUUGGUUUCAAAACCCCAUAUGAAAUAUUUUUUAAUAGAAGGCCAUCAGUAAAAAACUUGAAAAUGUAUGGAAGCAAAGUGUUUGUAAGAGUUCCUGAGGAGAGGCGAAGAUCUAAAUGGGACAAGAAAGCAGAUAUUGGAAUUUUACUUGGGUAUACUGACACCGGAUAUAGAGUAUUGAUAAACAAUAGAGUGAUUAUUGCCAGACAUUGUGAUAUUAUAGAGGAAGAUGUAACAUUAUGUGGAUUUGAUGAUGAGAAAGAAAAUAAAAUAAUAGAAAAGGAAAAGGAAGAUUUAACUACUACAAAUGAGGAAGAAAAGAAUAUGAUAAGCAUGGAAAAGGAAAAUACACAUGAAAUAAAUAAUGAUGAAAUAAGAGAGAAAGAAGAAGGUUUGAUAGGAAGAGGAAAGAGGCAAAUUAAACACCCAAAACGUUUUGAUGAAGAAUUUGUUAAAAUUUAUGAGGAUAAUUCAGGAGCAAUAGCCAUUUCUAAAUAUGGAAACUUUACUAAGAAUUCUAAACAUAUUGAAGUUCACUACCAUUUUAUACAUGAGUAUGUAAAACAAGGAAAUAUUGAAGUUGUUAAGAUAGAGUCAGAGAAUAAUGUUGCAGAUAUAUUUACGAAAGCAUUAGGAAAUGUAAAAUAUAUUAAAUUCAGAGAUAUGUUAAAUGUAAAGGAAUAA